AUGGCACUCUCAUCUACCGAAUCAGCGCAGAAGAUGAGACGGCAGUCAGCAACAACCGCUACAUAUCGGCGAGACGACCACGUAUGUGUCCUGUCUGGUUACGGUUAUCCCGAUGGAGCACACAUAUGUCCCUUCUCGGCUUCUGAAGACAACAAGAUGCGCAGUGACAUGUGGUCACUUCUAAAGUUUUCUUGGGGUCCUGCUGCAACGGUCGAGUGUGUGGAAAAUUGCGAAAACGAAAACAUGAGCGAAUCCCCACGGAACAUGAUCUGCCUGUCCAAGCACCUCCACACCCUAUGGCGAGCGGCGCGCUUCGGCCUCAAGCCGCUCCGCGAACCCCGGGCAGUCGAGCGGAACGAAGUGUGGGUGCAGUUUCACUGGCUUGCCCAAGGCCGGCUACGGCUUAACCAGGCGGUCGGCUCGGACGCGAUGGAGAGACUGGGCGAAUACGUCAUGGACACCUUUGUCGACGCUAUCCUACGAGAGCAUAACGAGUCUGAUUAUGCAGACUCUGAAGAUGGGGUUUAUGACGCUGAAGCAGACGCCGACGUCACGAUGCUGGAUUUGGACGAGUCACACGGCGCGUUUGACACAGAAACAGAUGCCUAG